GCGCACGCUGCGUGCAGCGGCCUGGAAGCCGGCGGUCACGGGAAAUAUCCGUCGCGCCGAGGACGCUGGUUAGUCUCGCUUUGGGUUCCGGCUGCGUCGGCCCUGCGUGCAGCUCGCUGGAACUAUGGCGUCCGGGCCUCACCCGACCUCGACCGCUGCCGCCGCCGCCGCCGCCGCCGCCGCCGCCGCUUCGUCCGCCGCCCCGAGCGCGGGCGGCUCCAGCUCAGGCACGACGACCACGACGACGACGACGACCGGAGGGAUCCUGAUCGGCGACCGCCUGUACUCGGAGGUGUCGCUUACCAUCGACCACUCGCUGAUCCCGGAGGAGCGGCUCUCGCCUACCCCGUCCAUGCAGGACGGCCUCGACCUGCCCAGCGAGACGGACCUGCGCAUCUUGGGCUGCGAGCUCAUCCAGGCCGCCGGCAUUCUCCUCCGCUUGCCGCAGGUGGCGAUGGCAACGGGGCAGGUGUUGUUUCAUCGUUUUUUCUACUCCAAGUCUUUCGUCAAACACAGUUUCGAGAUUGUUGCCAUGGCCUGUAUUAAUCUUGCAUCAAAAAUCGAAGAAGCACCAAGAAGAAUAAGAGAUGUGAUUAAUGUAUUCCACCACCUCCGCCAGUUAAGAGGAAAAAGGACUCCAAGCCCUCUGAUCCUUGAUCAGAACUACAUAAACACCAAAAAUCAAGUUAUCAAGGCAGAAAGGAGGGUGCUAAAGGAGUUGGGAUUUUGUGUUCAUGUCAAGCAUCCCCAUAAGAUCAUUGUGAUGUAUUUACAAGUCUUAGAGUGUGAGCGGAACCAAACCCUGGUUCAAACUGCCUGGGUAGUCCAUGAUGGUAAGUCAUAGAACUCUGCCCUCUGCACUUCAGCCCAUGACCUCAGGAUGGCCUGAUUGGCUAGCCUGCUCUCCAGCCAAUCCAGUGCAAGCUCUCAUCCGAGAUUCACUGAAGUGGUCCAUAUCCAUCUGGCAGCAUCUUCUAGUUCUGUCGGGGUGUCAAAAGGAUUUGUAUAUUUGCUUCUAGAAGUAACUAUGCAUCAUGCCUAUGUAUUUAAUGUAUACCUGUAACUAUCAAAAUGAAUAUUUCAUUUUUGAUAGAUUGUUGUCCAGCCAUUAUGAAUUGUUUUUUUUUUUUAAAUUGGAUUCAGUUAAAUUUCUACGUGCAGUGUGUAUAGCAUCCGUUCUACCAAAGGAGGCUACCUUAACCAUGUAGCUUGAAAUGGGUACCUGUUGCGCCAUUGUAGGUUACUCCAGCUAGUGAGCCGUUGCAGACAGUGAUACAAGAAGCAUAUAAUUUUAAAAAGAAGUUCAUGUUAUUUAAAUAUUUUUGAACUUGGGCCUCUGAGAUACAGAAAGGGUAAGCAUGGAAGUUGUGGUUUAGCCAUAAAUGAUUUAUAUGACUGUUGAUAAACAAGCAUUAAAUAAUUCUGGACUUUCCCAGAAGUACAUCUUUUUCAAAUGACUGCCAUGCUUCUUUUGGACUCAGUAAAUAAUGGUAACAUUAGAAAAGCCACAUUUCUCUAUAAAAUGCAUGAGUUUUUAAUGUAUUCUGUGCAGCCAAAAAAAAUAUACUUUUUAACAAAUGUAAGGGUUUUAGAACUAAUCCAUUUAAUUUCCAGCUCAGGCUUUUUAGCAAAUAUAAAGUUUUUUUUUUAUAGUUAAGGAAUUUCAUGGGAAAGUUUCUCUAGAAGUUUCAGAAGUUUAUUUAAUUAAGUUAGAUCAUUGCUUUUAUUUAUGCUUAAUUGCAAAAAGGUAUGUAAACAAGGCCAUUAUGAUGUGUAUUAUUGCUCACUUCUACCUAGAUUUUUUUUUUUGAAGUUUUUUUUUCCUUCUAACUGUAAGAGUAAAUUGAUGGAUUCUUACUAAAAAUACCUUUUUACCCCUGUUUCUGGUAUUGAAUUUUUUUUUUUUAAAGAACUUGGUUGACACUGCUUUUCAUUAUGGAUAAAGGAGAGAUGGUCAGUAACUAAAGGCUUGAAGUAUUGUUGGAGUGGUGAACUCUGAAACUCAUAUGUCAGAAUUGACUUCAGAAUCAUUACCUUUUAGAACAGUAUGUUGAAAGAGGAUUUUAGGGGUAAGAUCUAGAUUGCUGAUAUGGAAUUGUUGAAAAGUACUGUGGGGGAAAGGAUUAGAAACUGUUAACAUAGUAAAGAUGUGAGUAUAAGGAGAAGAAAAAAGAAUGAAGUAGAUUGAGUCUCCAAUUUUGUAUGUACCUCAGAACAAUUGAUUUGCUUAUGGACUAAGCUUACAGCUGAAAUGU